AUGGUCUUCUGGAAUUUAGUGCGUUUGUUUCCUGGGGGAGUUGCAGCAGCACUUGCUGCUGCUUUGGGCGAAGCAGCAGCAGCAGAGCUGCUGAGUAGAAAGAAGGAACUUUCUGCAAAGGCCAAGGAAAAUUUGCUGCAGCAGCAAGAGGCAGAAGCAGAACGAGCUGAGCGGCGGCUGCUGCAGCAAACGAAGGCAAACAAAAACCGGCAGCAGCAGCAGCAGCAGCAGCAGCAAGACUGCGUGCUGGAGCAGCAGCACGCACAGCAAACCGUGCAGCAGCAAGACCAGCAGCAGCAGCAGCAGCCAGACCCAGCAGCAGCAGCAGACGCAGCAGCAGCAGCUGCAAAAGUAGCAGAUACUGCAGAUGCAGAUGCAGCAGCAACUGAUGCAGCAACAGAUGCAGCAAGAGCAGAUGCAGCAGCAGCAGCCGCAACAGCAGCAGCUACAAAACUAGAUGCUGCAGAUGCAGAUGCAGCAGCAGCAAACGCGGAAACAGCAGCAGCUGGGGAAGAUGAAGCAGCAGCAGCAGCAGCAGCAGCAGCAGCAGAUGCAGCAGCGAGGGCGACGGCAGUAAUUAGGGGAGAAUUAGCUGCGGCGAUGCAGCAGACUGCAACAGCAGCAGCAGCAGCAGCAGAUGCAGAAGGUGAUGCAGCAGAAGACGCAGCAGCAGCAGCAGCAAGAGGAGGUUCGCCGAGCCUUCAAACUGCUGCUGCUGCUGCUGCUGCUGCUGCUGCAGCGCCUGUGCGCCGCAGCAAGCGCACUGCAGCAGCAGCAGUAGCAGCAACAGUCGCAGCAGCAGCAGCAGAAGAGGCUGCCGAAGCAGGAAGAGCCAGACGCUCGAGGCGCAGCAAACCUAAACCCUAA